UUGCUAACGCAGUGCAGUUGAGAAUUUAUUUGGGAAAAAAGUGAAUUUGGCAUAAUGGAACGUUGGGAAAAUUGUGUGGCUGUUGUUACUGGGGUUAGUUCAGGCAUAGGUAGUGUCAUAGCAAAGGAUUUAGUCACUGCUGGCAUGAUUGUUGUUGCUCUGGCGCGACGUAAAGAGCGCGUGGAUGCAUUGCGUGAAUCUCUGUCACCAGAAUUGAAGAGGAAUUUCCAUUCCAUUAGAUGUGAUGUGUCGGAUAUGAACAUGAUUAAUAAAGUUUUCGACUGGAUUGAGAAUAAGCUCGGUGGUGUUGAUGUGCUGAUUAAUAAUGCAGCCACACUGACUGGUGGUCAAAUAAUGACGCUCGAUACUGCUAUAUUACAACAGAGUGUGCAAACUAAUAUCAUGGGAUUGGUACAGUGUAGCAAACGUGCCUUUAAGUCUAUGCAAGAACGUAACAUUGCUGGUCAUAUAGUCAAUAUAAAUAGCAUAAGUGGGCAUAGAGUUCUACGUCUACCAUGCGAUCACGUACUUAACAUGUAUCCAGUCACAAAGUAUGGUGUUACAGCACUUACUGAGGUUCUGCGACAAGAAUUUCGAGAUUUGGGAACACAAAUUAAAAUUACAAGCAUUAGUCCUGGUCUAUGUGAUACUGAAAUGGUACAAGAUGCGCUAAGGGAGUUGGCAAUGUUAAAACCCGAGGAUGUGUCAAAUGCAAUAUUGUAUACAUUAUCUACGCCACCUCACGUGCAAGUACACGAGAUUAUUAUAAAACCCAUCGGCGAAACUAUUUGAAGAUACCUAGUAAUUUCAAAUUAUUUUUAAUAAAAAAAAAAAAAAAUUUGUUGCUUUUUCACAAGAAAUAUAGUUGAACCAUUUUAGAUUAUAGCACUUCAAGGAAUACUAUCUUACAUGUCGUCUAACAGGUAGAAAUUGUUAUUUAAUU